UACUUCAGUCUAAUUAUGUUUAUUCUCAGGGUUUUUCUGGUUAUUGUAACUGCUUUGCUUUCACCAGCGGACAAUUGUGAUAUGGCCACAAGAAAUAAUAAUUGUCAAUAUGCGGCUGUAGGCCAGACCUGUUCAAAUAUUGUACAAAGAGGACUUCAGGCGCAUGUUAAAGCAAUGUUAGUGGAUUUACAUAACAAGUAUAGAUCCAAGGUUGCUCUGGGGAGAGAAACGACUGGAUCUCAACCCCCAGGCAGCAAUAUGAAGAGAAUGGAAUGGGAUAAUGAAUUAGAAAAUAAAGCACAAGGAUUAGCAAACCAGUGUUUAUAUGAACAUGACUGUUCAGAAUGCAGAGUGGUUUCCAGGUUUAAAUUCGGCCAAAAUAUUGCUAAGCACAAUUUUGAGAUAAACGAAAAUCUGGGAGAAGAGUUAGAAAAGCUGAUUGACCAAGUAUGGUAUUCAAAUGAGGUUCCAUAUGUUCAAAGACAGCAGCUCAGCUCGUACUAUUCAAGCCAGCCAACUGUAGGUCACUACACACAGAUCGCGUGGGCUGAAUCAAACAAGGUUGGGUGUGGAAUCAUCCAGUACAAUGUGGAUGAUAUUGUGUUUGUGUGUAACUACGGACCAGCUGGGAAUAUGAUAUCUCAGGAAGUAUACAAGCAAGGUGAGGCAUGCUCUCAAUGUGAUGAGGGAGAAUACUGCUCUUCUGACUAUCCAGGACUUUGUGAACCAAGUGGAGCAGCAUCAAGUCAAACUCAACCUCGUGUUUCUCAACAAACCCCUUCUAAUCCCUCUUUAAGUCAACGACAACAACAACAACGACCACAGCAAGAACGUCAAAUACAACAACAACAACCACAGCAACAACAUCAACAACUACAACAACAACAACAACAACAACCACAACAGCAACAACAACAACAACAACAACAACAACUACGAUUGCAUCGCCAGAAACAAGAACAUCAACGACAACACCAACUACAACUGCAACAAUAUCAACAACAACGACAACAACAACAACAACAACAACAACAACAACAACAACAACAACAACAACAACAACAACAACAACAACAACGGCAGCAGCAGCAGCAACCUCAGCAACAACGACAUCAGACAUCAAGACAAGUGGGAGUCUCAGCAGCAGAAGAUGGCUUUAGGACUCAACCGAAAACAACUCGUAAGAAAAAAAUUGAUGGCAAUCUCGUUUCACAGAUAAAUAGUUUCUUUAAUACCCCGAUCAGAACAAAGGGAGAAGAUGAUAAUUUAAUAAAUCAUUCCCCGACAAUUCAAACCGCCGGUGAUUUCGACACAAGGAAGAUUCAACCAUUCCAAUCCAGCAAUUCAUUGAUGGAGAUUUUUAAGAAACAUUUUGGGACAGUUUAGGAAAAAGAUUAUUCUCAAGAUUUGGAACAACACAGAAAUAAAUAGUAUACUGUACAAACUUUCAGUUCGUUCAAUAAAAUAUGAAUAGAUUAAA